AUGGGCUUGCUCUGGCGCGUCACCCCGACCCCCGUGAAUGGACGGCUGGUGGCCCAGUGUGAGAAACGGCCCUGUCGCUCAUCAGACCCCAGCAACCGUGUGAUCGCAGGUCGUGGUUCUGGCUUCCAGGGCGGGGUCCCCAGGGCUCGUCCUGGACGUGAGUGGGGUCUCGUCCACUCUGCCACAGCACCCAGUGCCUUUGCCGACAGCAGGGACUGGCUUCUUUCUGAAGUGGCCCGUCACUGCCUGCUGUUUUACCCCGUCCGACCUGCUUUUUGUUUUUCCAGACACAACAGCUGGGAGCCAGAGGAAAAUAUCCUGGAUCCACGGCUGCUCCUGGCCUUCCAGAAGAAGGAACACGAGAAGGAGGCGCAGAACCGGAAGAGAGGCAAGCGGCCCAGGGGGAGGCCGAGGAAGCACACGGUGAUGUCGUCCUGCAGCCGGCACGCCAAGCUCAAGGAGCCCGACACGCCUUCCAAGUGCAAAUCCAGCAGCUCCUCCACGUCUUCCACGUCCUCCUCCUCCUCCUCCGACGAAGAGGACGACAGCGACUUGGAUGCCAAGAGAGGCCCUCGGGGCCGCGAGACCCACCCAGUGCCCCAGAAGAAGGCCCAGAUCCUGGUGGCCAAGCCCGAACUGAAGGACCCCACGCGGAAGAAGCGGGGCCGCAAGCCCCUGCCGCCGGAGCAGAAGGCAGCCCGCAGGCCUGUGAGCCUGGCCAGGGUGCUGAAGACUGCGCGGAAGGACCUGGGGGCGCCGGCCAGCAAGCUGCCCCCUCCGCUCAGCGCCCCCGUGGCCGGCCUGGCAGCCCUGAAGGCCCACGCCAAGGAGGCCUGCGGCGGCCCCAGCACCAUGGCCACCCCAGAGAACCUGGCCAGCCUGGUGAAGGGCAUGGCCGGCAGCCCCAGCCGGGGCGGCAUCAGCUGGCAGAGCUCCAUCGUGCAUUACAUGAACCGGGUGAGCCAGAGCCAGGCCCAGGCUGCCGGCAGACUGGCGCUCAAGGGCCAGGCCGCUGGCAAGUGCAGCCUCGGGCUGGACCUCAAGGUGAGGACGCAGAAGGGGGAGCUGGGGUUGAGCCCCCCAGGAAGCAAAGUCCCAAAGGCCCCCAGCAGCGGGGCUGUGGAGCAGAAAGGGGGGACCACGGGGGGCCCCCCCCACAUCCACAGCAGCGGCAAAGUCCCUGCGGGCUGCCUGGGUCCCCAGGCCGCGCCCACCCAGGAGCUGAGCCUGCAGAUCUUGGACUUACAGAGUGUCAAGAACGGCACUCCCGGGGUGGGCAUGGCCGCCCGCCAUGCCGCAGCCACCAAGGCUGGCCCUGCCGCCGGGCCAGGCGCCGGGAAAGGUUCAGGGGCUGGCCCCACUGGGGGGAGCGGGGCUGGUGUGCUGACUGACACCAGCAAGGGUGACAAGCCGGCCUCUAGGGCGGCAGCUCUGCCCCCCGCUGCAGGCAAGAGGGACUGUGUCAAAGGCAGUGGGGCCCCCGGGGGACCGGAGGGUCCCGCGGCCCCAGGAGACGGGCGCAAGGCGGCAGCGCUGUCUGAGGUCAGCACCGGCGAGGACAGCAGCUCCGACUCGGACCCCGACUCGGCCUCGCCGCCCGGCGCCGAGCAGAACCUGUCGGUGUCCGUGCAGACCAGCCAGGACUGGAAGCCCACGCGCAGCCUCAUCGAGCACGUCUUUGUCACCGACGUCACCGCCAACCUCAUCACGGUCACGGUGAAGGAGUCCCCCACCAGCGUGGGCUUCUUCAGCCUGAGGCAUUACUGACGCCGCUGCCAGGGCCUCCCCUGCUGCUCUGUGGCCUCUGGUUUUGCUCCAAUAAGUGACCUCCACCCCACAUCCUCUCCUGGGUCCAGGUGGCCUCCUUCAGGGGCCAGCUUGGAGGGCCUUCUCCCGGACCCCAGCCCUGCCCGUGACGUCGGGCCAGGCGGUGCCUCGAUGCCUUGCCAGGGCCUGGCCUGGCCCUGUUGCUACCUCUGGGCCUUCGCUCCGCCUCCCGUCGGCCUCAGGAAGUCAUUCGCCACCUGCAGCUCGAGCCAAAUGUCUGAUCCCUGCCUGAGUGACAGUGGGGGUCAGCUUCCUCUGGUUUUUGGGGGGCACACGUGUUCAAAGAGAGAGCUUCUCUCGGUCCCGCUUGGCUGUCUUGCCCAAUGGUGGCAAAAGUGUAUGGGGGGGUAGGCAUGAGGCAGGACUCGGGGGACUGCUACAGGGAGGGCUGGGUAAGCUUCUAGAAUAUGGGACGGGGUGGCGGGGCACACAGAAGGGGGUUCUUGCUGGUCAGAGCUCCUGUGCUCAGCAGUGCCCGAGCUGUCAAAGGUGAGGGGACCGUUAUCUCUCUGUCCCUACCUCUGAUUGCUGAAGGCUAUGGCCUUAAUGUAAAGUGACAAGUAAUUGGAGGUCAGGGGCUGGGAGCCUUAAAGAGGUUGGUUUUAAUGUCACCUGACCCUGGUUCAAACUAACUGCAGCCCCCAAACACCAAGCAGGAAGUCCAGUUGGGCUGGGAGGGGCAAAUUCCAGUGCUGCUUCACCUGAAGAGCCUCAGUUUUGGGGAGGAGAAGGCCGUCCCUCCAGCUGCCCUCCUUUCUGCUGGCCUGUGCAAGGACCGCCUUACUCCCGACCUCAACCCCGCAGAUGGCGCUUCGCGGCCCUGCAAGCUGGGAGUGCGGGCAGGUGCAGGAAGCGGUUCUGUCCUCCAGCCACCUGUGGGCUACCAGCUAUUGUACAGGGACCUGGGUGCAGUUCCCGUCCGUGAAUGUGGCCCCACCUUUCCCUGACAAUCCCCCCCAUUGGGGGUUCCACGUUCUUCCCCACUGGGAAGCUGUAUCCCUGUACCAUUUGGGAAGUGGGACAAAAUCAGGGUGCCUGCCUGGCAGAGGCCUCCAGCUACCCUGGUCAAGAGCCACCUACCCUGUGUGGUUCCUGAUGGGGCAGAGAGGUGGGUCAGCGCAUGGGGUCACCGGGUCUUUGUGAUGCCAAAAAGAAAAGUGAGGGCUUAGGGGGGCUCCCUUUCUGUUUCAGUUGGUUAAAGUCAGCCAGCAGAUGUGGGGGGCUACUUAUCCCCAAAGCUUCGAUUGCAGGGGAGAACCUGGACUUGCAGCAGGCUGGUUCUGGGGGGUGGGCCUGCUACAUCUCCAGUGUCCCCAGUCACUCACCCUCUGUGCCAAAUAGGACAACGUGGCUUUUGUGUAGCCAAGUGGAUUUCAACAGUGUGCCUUUGGGGAUAGCUCCUGUCCAGGAUCUUAUUGAGGGACAACCUGGUGCAGCUUCUGGGUCUCGCCUGUGGCAGCCGUGCUGGCUGUGGUGGGAACGGUGCCCACCUUGGCGGAGGUGAGGGCUUGGAGUCCCAGAUGCCCAGGCUGCAGCUAGAAAGUGGGCAGCGAAGGGGAGGAUUGUUCCUCAUCUCAGCAGGGGAGGGCGAGAUCUGACUCCAGCUCCAACCUCCCCUCCUGUCUGCAGACCCCCAGAUCGCCCCUGGGUGUGACUAAAGGGGUUCCUCCAGGCUGCCUCCCUCUUGGAAGAGCUGGCAGUCUCCAGAUUUUGUAGCUCCUUUCCUGCCAGGUGCUCUGCCGCUUUAGAGGCUGCAAAGCCAGACCAGCAGCAGCUCCCUUCCAAGCCUGUGGGGCAACCAGGGCCUGGGCCGAUGUGACGUCCCCAGCAGCUAGGUCUCCAAACCCUGACUUGGUGCCUUUCUGUUUACCAGCUAUUUCAAUCCCAAAGUUCAAAUCUGCAAACACCUUACUUCUAGCCACUUUGCCUUGCUGCGUUGUGUUUUUUUUCUUAGUGUUUGUGACUCCAAGCAGUCUGUGUUUAAAAUGGGCAUGUGUGUGCACGUGCAGCAGCCUUUGCUGGAGUUGGACCAGGUGCUCAGAGUUGGUCAUGUUUACCAAUAAAUAGAAGUAGUGCUUUUUUGUUUGCUGCUAUGUGCGCGUGUGUGUAGAUAUCAGUCACAUCCGACUUGAGAUUCCUUGAUUCUUUGUUCCUCUUACUAUGUGACUAUGUGGGCUGCGUCCCCAUAUUGAGUGGGCGUUUUAAUCCCGUCACAUCUUUCUGUUUGCUUCUGUAAUGGAUAGGAAGAAGUGGCCAGGCUAUCCUCUUGAGAGGGUUUGGCAUAUUUUUAUAUAUAUUUUUUGGUACCAAAAAGAGUGUUCCUUGUUUUGAAACACUCAAAAUUCUGACCUGAUGGGGGCUCUGGGCCUAGAGGCUUCAUUAAGGGAAAACUUGGGGCAGGACCAGCGCGUUGGACCGGUGCCAGUCACUGGCUUGAUUUGUGUCUUUUAAUUUAAAAAAAAAAAGCCAAAUCAUUCAUGUAUGCCACUUCUAAUUGCUUUAAACUAUGGCUGUUUGUUUGCUUUCCUAAAAGAGAGAACAAAAGUAGAUGCCUUGAGAAACUUCACAUCUUGUGGAAACAGGACAGCAGCCCAGCCCCCACCUUCAGUCAGGACUAACCAGUUAAAGGAAGUGCUUCUCCCAGGAAGCCCACCAUGGCUUGGCGGAGGGAGUCUGAGGAGGGGGGAGGUAGUGCCUAGAUGACCAGAUCUUCGCUCACGUGCACCUACAAAUUCUGUGCAUUUUCUAGUACUUUUGGAAAACUAACACUAGCAUUAGGUUGCAGAUUUUUUUUUUUAGACUGAUGAUAAUUUAUUUUGCAGGGGGAAGGCAUUAGCAAAUGUGUCAGAAGAUCUUUGUCCUUUUGUUAACUUUUAGUACAUCAAUAAAUAUUUUUUUGACUUGUCA